UGGGUUUUAGCCUGUCGUUUUCUUUUUCAUUAGAGUUGUAUGCUUCUCGUUAUGUACUCAUUAGAGUUGUAUGCUUCUCGUUAUGUACUGGUUGGAGAAGCAAAGUUGUGCUUUGGUAGUUUAGUAAAGGGAUGUGCUCUGCGAAGGGUGAGGAUCCUCUCAUGUGGAGAAAAACUUCAGGAAAUAAUAUGAGUAAAUUUCAACCCUUCAUUUCAUUUAAAAUAGAUCAAAGGCUGAAAUUAAAAGAAGAUUAAAUAGUGUGUUUUUAUGUGUGAUGUACCCAAUCAUUUCCUAGUGUGGAUUAGAUAAGGUUCUGUAUGGUUAAGAUUAUUUCUUCUAUUUCCUUCACCUGUUCUUUGUCGACGAGCACCGCACAGAACGAUCACCGCACAACCCACGGUGGCCAUGGAUGCCGACGAGCAACUCGAAUCAUCCACGACAGCCAAGGACGCCGACGAGCACCGCACAUCACCCACAGUGAUCAUGGAUACCGACGAGCAUCUCAAAUCACUCACGACAGCCAAGGACGACAGGCACCACAUAUCAAUCACGAAAGACACUAGAAUGUCAAAUGAUUUUGUUGCUGCACAAAGAACUUCAAAUAAGGAUGAUGAAUGGAAGCCUCAAGUAGGCCUACUAUUCAACACUUUAGAAGAGACAUGGAAACUUUGGAAUGGUUACGGUGGAAAAAUUGGAUUUAAUGUUCGAAAGCAGUAUUUUAACAAGAACAAAGAUGGAAUGAUCUUGACUAUUAGAUAUGUGUGCAGCAAAGAAGGAAUUCGUAAACCCGAUAAAAGGGAUUGCUUGACAACUAACCAUCGGCUUGAGACAAGAACCAAUUGUCCUGCAAGGAUAUGACUCAAAUGCAUGAAAGAGAUUGGAAAGUAUCAAAUUCAUGAUGUUGUCGAUGAGCAUAACCAUUUUCUGCAUCUUCCAGUGACGACUCACAUGCUAAAAUCUCAGCGAAAACUAUCACAAGUUCAAGCUCAAUAGAUUGAUUUAGCAUAUGAUUCAGGCAUAAAGCAAAGAGCUGUAUUUGAACUAAUGAGUAGGCAAUUUGGCGGGAGAGAAAGCCAUGGUUACACACGGUUAGAUCAAAAGAAUUAUCUUCGUGGCAAAAGAUUGAGAAACAUGGCAUAUGGGGAUGCUGGAAGCUUAUUACGACACUUUCAACAAAAACAUAUAGAAAACCCAUCUUCUAUCAUGGAGUCCAAUUAGAUGUUGAUGAACAAAUAACAAAUAUUUUUUGGACUGAUGCGAGAAUGAUUAUGGACUAUGAGUACUUUGGUGAUGUUGUCUCUCUUGACACUACAUAUAGUACUAAUAAUGCAUAUAGACCUUUGGCUGUAUUUGCAUGAUUUAAUCAAUUUAGACAAGUGGUAAAUUUUGGAGCCGCUCUUCUCUUUGAUGAGACUACAUAGUCAUUUAAAUGGUUAUUUGAAGAGUUCCUUAAAGCACACAAAGGUAAGAGGCCUCAAACUGUUUUCACAGAUCAAGACCAUGCAAUAGCUAAAGCUUUGCAUGAGGUAAUGCCUGAAUCCUAUCAUGGUCUAUGUUCUUGGCAUUUAAUGCAAAAUGGCAUAAAACAUCUUGACAUUUUAUUGAAAGAUGGUUCUCCUUUUCUGAAAGAUUUUAAGUCUUGCAUGUACAAAUAUACAGAUGAAGUUGAUUUCCGA